UACGGCUGUGGUGUGCACGACCCGCAGGGCUGUUUGACAGGCACUCUGGACACAGAGAGACAAGUCGCCUCACCGUGACACGCUGGCUGCAUCAUACCGACUUUGACCUAACAGCAGAUUACGGGGUACGGAAAUUAUCGUCUCCUGCAUACCGUCAUCAACAUAAUUGAGUUUGCUUCAAGGACCAUAUGCUAUUCUGCCUUAUUAUGUCCAUGUAAAUAAGCUUGUGGCAGCAUCCACAGAAUGCUGUAUUGAAGUAGACAGAGAUUGGUUUGUAACGGGAUUGAGAAUCGCAGUGACAGAGCACAGACGCACGGACGUUAUGGUGAAUACAUGAAUUAGAAACCCUAUCGCAACAUUUAGACUACCACUGGAUCUAUACUCUUCAUUUUGUGAGAAGCCAAGAUUGUGAAUGAGAGCUGUAUCAGACCGAUUCUUAUUUCAGAGUUGCGUCUUUCCAUUAGGUUCAGACAAAUAUUUCCGUAUAUGCGGUAACGGAUUGUAUUCGACUCUCCCUUGGAUUACUCUCUUAUGACUCCUAUUUGAGUGUAGUGUAAUUUCAGCAAACCCCAUGCAGUGAUACAACUUGUUCACUACUCAUCAUUGGUCCUCUUCUCUCCCCUUGGAUCUUUAUGUAUGCUGCAGUGGGCUCUGACAUAAAUAUGGCGAGCCUCGACCUCCUUCACAGACCGUCACGGUGAAUGGAUGGACACACAAAGGCACAAGGAUCUCAGCUCAGAGAGUGAAUUAAAGCCUCUUCCAUCUGCACAGCGGGGGAAAGGGCCUCUGUGGAGCCGGGAAGGCACAAGCCAGAGGUCGAUAGCGAGAGAGAAGUAAUGCUGCUUCGGUGAUUGUCUUUCAGUCUGAGCCACUCACCUUUCCUGCCAUGGCGCUACGGUCAGCUCUCUGUCCUCCUGAUGCUCUCUCAGUGGGAACGUAGAGAGACACACACUGGAGACACACUCUCCAGCUCCACACACACCCACACACCUCCACGAGGAGUGUGGACAGACCUCAUGCAGAGAUCUCAUACACACACACACACUCAGGAGCACAACACACCUUUGUUGUAUGAUUUAGCCUGAUAGGACAUUAUUUGUCCCUUCCCAGAAUUGGAUUAAGAUUUUAUAUUGUGACUCUCUCUGCUGUUUGAUUGGACCUCUCAGAAGCUUUAGGGUUGUUGUCCUGCUGCUUUAUGGUUGUGUCUCUCUGGGACGUUGUGACUGAGCGGCAGGUAGAGCCAGCAUGGCUAGGCCUUUGCUGAAGAUUCAGCGUUACUUCCGGAGGAAACCUGUGCGCUUCUUCUCCUUCAUCCUCCUCUACCUGACAGCCGGGAGCCUGGUGUUCCUGCACUCUGGCUUCGUAGGGGACAACUCCACAGGGGCCAAUGGGGGCCGGGACCCCCUGGUGGCAUCUGAGAUGGGGAACAGGGUGGCCUCCUCAGAUGGCCGGCGGGUAGGGAUGAUGGGAAGGGUGUUCAAGGAGAACCGCAGACCCACCCCAAGGAGGUACGGCCCUCCAUGGAUGAAAGGAGCUGCUGGGAAGGACAGCCAUGAUUGGAGGGCCCGGGGAGGAGACUACACAAGCAGCUGGAACCGCGCCCUCAAAGGACGCAAUGCCAAAGAUCUGGACGACGGACGGGCGAAUUACAUCGGCUGCUAUAUAGACAACACAGCGAAAAGAGCACUCAGGGGAGUGUCCUUUUUUGACUACAAGAAAAUGACGGUCUUCCGUUGCCAGGACAACUGUGCUGAAAGGGGAUACCUGUAUUCAGGCCUAGAGUUUGGGGCGGAGUGCUACUGUGGCCACAAGAUCCAGGCCCCCAAUGUAUCUGAGAGUGAAUGCAACAUGGAGUGUAAGGGCGAGAAGGGCAACCUGUGUGGAGGGGCCAACCGCCUGUCAAUCUACAGACUGGAGCUGAGCCAGGAGUCUGCGCGCCGUUAUGGGAGUGCCAUCUUUAAGGGGUGCUUCCACAGACCUGACAACGUCACCCUCGCCCUGCCCAUCAGCGCUGUCAUCCAGAACAUGUCAGUGGAGAAGUGUGUGGACUUUUGCACAGAGAAGGAGCUGUCCCUAGCGGUUCUAGCUGGAGACAGGUGUCUCUGUGGGUUCCCCACCCCCCACUUCUCCCUCCAUGAGAUGGAGGAUGAGGAAAUGUGCCUGUACCGCUGCCAUGGUGAAGAGUUUGAGAGUUGUGGGAAUGACAAGUACUUUGUGGUGUACCAGACACAGGUCCAAGAUAACCGUUGUAUGGACCGGCACUUCCUGCCCACGCGCUCCAAGCAGCUGAUGGCCCUGGCCAGCUUCCCCGGGGCUGGCAACACCUGGGCCCGCCACCUCAUAGAGCUGGCCACUGGCUUCUACACAGGCAGCUACUACUUUGAUGGCUCCCUCUACAACAAAGGCUUCAAAGGUGAGCGAGACCAUUGGCGGAGUGGUAGGAACGUCUGCAUUAAAACACAUGAGAGCGGCAAGAAGGAGAUUGAAGCCUUUGACGCCAGCAUCGUCAUGAUCCGCAACCCUUAUAAAGCCCUCAUGGCUGAGUUCAACCGCAAAUACGGCGGCCAUAUUGGAUUUGCCUCACAGGCCCACUGGAGAGGGAAAGAGUGGCCUGAGUUUGUGAAGAACUAUGCUCCUUGGUGGGCAUCCCACACACUGGACUGGCUGCGUUAUGGGAGGAACGUCCACGUGGUCCACUUUGAAGAGCUGAAGAGGGAGCUGUUCUCCAAGCUCAAGGACAUGGUCCUGUUUCUGGGCCUGGAGGUGGCCGAGGACCGCCUGCUCUGUGUAGAGGGACAGAAGGAUGGCAACUUCAAGCGCUCUGGCCUGCGUAAGCUGGAGUACGACCCGUACACACCCGAGAUGCGUGCUAGCAUUGACGAACUGGUCAUGACUGUAGACGCUGCCCUUAAGAAGAGGAACAUGGCCGGGGUGCCCAAGGAGUACCGACCAACUUCGAGAUGAUAUGAUCUCCUUUCCUUUCCCUCUCUCUCUCUCUUUCUCACUCUGUUAUAAUAUCUCUUCCCUUUGCACAUAUUGUUCUGGGAUCAAUGGCAUCCAUGUCCAAAAAUUCACAUGACCUGAAAAUCUAUGUGUAGGAAAUACGUUUGUAUUUAAAGUACUUCCCUAUUCCCCUCCACCUCUUUAUUUGUCUCCUUAUUUCUCACAUCCCUUUUUCUUUAUUAGUUUAACUGGCUGAUUAUGACAACAGCAUCAAGAUGUAUACUGCUUUAGAAAUGACAUUUAGCUACUUGGCUGAUGAACAUGGAUUCAUUGGGGAACUCAAAUAAGGACCAAUGAGAAGCACUUCCCCCUCUAUGCACAUGUAUGUGUUGUGCACUAUGACUUAACAUUAAGGUACAGUAGCUGUGUUGGAAGCACAUCCAAGUACAUAAUGGUUGGAUUACUGUCAACUGACCAAAAGGAGCAAAUUCCUGUUAAUCUGAAAGUGAUGAUUAAAAAGAACUGUAAGAAGUC